UCUCCAGGCAGGAAGAGGUGCCCUCCAGGGAGGUAGGCGGGGCCUCAUUCCAGCUUGGCCAGAGCCAGGCCGGGCACACAUCACUGUGCUAGGGUGUACAUCUAUACUAGACACCUUCCUGCUUCUCUCCUUCCAGAGCAGACCUCUCAGUCACCCUGAGCUCCUCAUUUCUUCAGCAGUCAUGUCUGUGACAAAAAGUACCGAGGGAGCCGUUGCUGUCAAACUGGACCUUAUGUCGCCUCCUGAAAGUGCCAAGAAGUUGGAGAACAAGGACUCUACAUUCUUGGAUGAAAGUCCUUCAGAGUCACCAGGCUUGAAGAAGACCAAGGGCAUAACAGUGAUCCAGGCCUUGAUUCACCUGGUGAAAGGCAACAUGGGCACAGGGAUCCUGGGACUAUCCCUCGCUGUGAAGAAUGCGGGCAUCCUGAUGGGCCCACUCAGUCUGCUGGUGAUGGGCUUAAUCGCCUGCCACUGUAUGCACAUCCUGGUCAGGUGUGCCCAGCGCUUCUGUAAGAGGCUUAACAAGCCCUUUAUGGACUAUGGAGACACGGUGAUGCACGGACUAGAAGCCAGCCCCAGCGCCUGGCUCCAGAACCACGCUCACUGGGGAAGGUACAUUGUGUUUUUGGCUGAUAAUUUAAAACAGGUAGUGGAAGCUGUUAAUAGCACAACCAACAACUGCCAUUCCAAUGAGACGGUGAUUCUGAUCCCCACCAUGGACUCGCGACUCUACAUGCUCUCCUUCCUGCCCUUCCUGGUGCUGCUGGUCCUCAUCCGCAACCUCAGGAUCUUGACCAUCUUCUCCAUGCUGGCCAACAUCAGCAUGCUGGUCAGCUUGGUCAUCAUCGCCCAGUACAUUACCCAGGAAAUCCCAGACCCCAGCCGGUUGCCACUGGUAGCAAGCUGGAAGACCUACCCUCUCUUCUUCGGAACAGCCAUUUUUUCUUUUGAAAGCAUUGGUGUGGUUCUGCCUCUGGAAAACAAGAUGAAAAAUGCCCGCCACUUCCCAGCCAUCCUGUCUUUGGGAAUGUCCAUCGUCACUUCCCUGUACAUCAGCAUCGGGACUCUGGGCUACCUGCGGUUUGGAGAUGACAUUAAGGCCAGCAUAAGCCUUAACCUGCCUAACUGCUGGCUGUACCAGUCUGUCAAGCUUCUCUACAUUGCCGGCAUCCUGUGCACCUAUGCCCUGCAGUUCUACGUCCCUGCGGAAAUCAUCAUCCCCUUUGCCAUCUCCCGGGUGUCAACACACUGGGCACUGCCUCUGGAUCUGUCCAUUCGCCUCGCCAUGGUCUGCCUGACAUGCCUCCUGGCUGUCCUCAUCCCCCGCCUGGACCUGGUCAUCUCCCUGGUGGGCUCCGUGAGCAGCAGCGCCCUGGCCCUCAUCAUUCCACCGCUCCUGGAGGUCAGCACCUUCUACUCAGAGGGCAUGAGCCCCCUCACCAUCUUCAAGGACGCCCUGAUCAGCAUCCUGGGCUUCGUGGGCUUUGUGGUGGGGACCUACCAGGCCCUGGACGAGCUGCUCAAGUCAGGAGACUCUCCCCUGUUUUCCAACUCCACCACUUUUCUUCGGUGAGCCUGGCACUGCUCCUUGCCCACCAGCACCCAAUUUUUAGUGAUAUGGAUCUCUGUUUUUUUGUUUUGUUUUGUUUUUUUGAGAUGGAGUUUCACUCUUGUUGCCCAGGCUGGAGUGC